GUGAGACUCAGGUGAAGGAGGAAGUAAAAUUAAGUCGAGUUUCCGCCAUUAGAAGAGGACAGAAGUCCGGAUUCACUCGGGGUCGGUGUCGGCAGUGUUCAGCUGUGUGUGAAUGAAGAAGAGUAAAUGAUGGAUCUUCAGAACUCCAGCAAGGAGAAGAGAGCAGCAUCUCCAGCCCCCAGUGGAGUGUCUAUGAAGAGUGAUGUGUCCAUGAAGAAUCCUCCAGAGUUCAGCAGUGGAGGAGGAAGCUCUGGGUCUCGAACUGAAACCCAGAGAGGAGCUUCUCCAGAACCCAGCUGUGUUUCUAUGAAGAGUGACGCGUCCAUCGGACGUCGACCUGAUUUCAGCAGUGAAGAUAUGACCUCUGACCCACAGGAGAAGAGAGCAGCAUCUCCAGCCCCCAGUGGAGUGUCUAUGAAGAGUGAUGUGUCCAUGAAGAAUCCUCCAGAGUUCAGCAGUGGAGGAGGAAGCUCUGGGUCUCGAACUGAAACCCAGAGAGGAGCUUCUCCAGAACCCAGCUGUGUUUCUAUGAAGAGUGACGCGUCCAUCGGACGUCGACCUGAUUUCAGCAGUGAAGAUAUGACCUCUGACCCACAGUGAGUGAAACACCAAAACCCUUUUACU